UUGCAAGUAAGUUCAGCCUCGCCCAUGUUCACGUGGACAUAUAGACACUUGAUUCUUGAAUGGUGUGAGACAUGUUCACAAAUGUGGAAUGGGACGUUGAAGAUGAUGAAAAGCUUCAUAUUAGUCUAUUUGGAAAAAAGAAGAAGAAAAUGAAAGACAAAAGCAUUAAAGUUCAUGACCACUCCUCUAUUGAUCCUUCACUGACUAAAGUUAAAAAGUUUAAACUGUCUAAGCGAUUGGCUGGUGAUAAAAGCAUAAAGGCCAAGAAAGACAAAAAGAGCGUAGAUUUUCAAAUAGUUGAAAGUCCAAGAAAGACGAAAGAAUCGAAAUCUUCAGCUUUAGCCGAUAAAGUGGCCAAGAAAAUGUCAGGUGCAAGGUUUCGCUGGAUUAACGAGAAACUCUACACAUGUACAAGCACUGACGCUGUUAAACUCUUCAGCGAAGACCCUCAUCUAUUUACCCUGUAUCACCAAGGCUUCAGAGAACAAGUCCAUCAAUGGCCUCUUAAUCCUUUGGAGAACCUCAUUGAGUAUGUAAGAGGACUACCACCUCAGACAAUAAUUGCUGAUUUUGGGUGUGGGGAAGCAAAACUGGCUCAGAGUGUACCUCAUACUGUUCAUUCUUUUGAUUUUGUGGCUGUAAAUGAGUAUGUCACACCGUGUGAUAUGUCAAAUGUUCCUCUUGAUGAUUCUAGCGUUGAUGUGGGCGUGUUCUGUCUCUCCCUCAUGGGGACUAAUCUUGUUGAUUAUUUCAUUGAGGCCAGGAGGGUAUUGAGGCUUAAAGGAACCCUCAAAGUGUACGAGAUUCAAAGUCGGCUGUCUUCCAUUGAUAGUUUUGUGUCUCAAGUUGAAUCGAUUGGUUUUAAGCUCACGGGAAAGAAAUGUCUGAACAAGCUUUUCAUUGACUUAGAAUUUAAACUGAGAAAGAAGAGUGUUCCAUGUAGCUCCUGCAAAGACAUAACUCUUAAACCAUGUCUCUACAAGCGACGCUAGAUCUAAAUAAGAUUAAUUUUAUAGAUUUUUCACUAAUAAUUUAAUUUUUUUGUAAAACAAAA